UUUCUCUUUAAUUUAGCUUAAAUGAUUUCCAGUGUUCGUCAAGAUAAAAUACGGACGGUGUCGCCUGUCGGUGAUGCGCCAUCUUCCAUCAUGACAUUUUUGGAUCAGUGCAAAAUAACUAUAUUGAUUUUUACAUUAAUGAUGUGGUCAUGUAUCUUUGACCAUGGUGAAGCAAGACCUAUACACGAAUCUCCGAAAUUAAUUGUUAUAUCUGUCGAUGGAUUUCGGUUUGAUUUUUUGCAGAGGUUCAGUAAUCAGGAUAUACCUAAUUUUAGGUAUUUCACUGAACAUGGUGCAUCUGUGAAGUAUGUUAAAAAUGUGUUCCCAUCCGUUACCUACCCAAACCACAUGUCUAUCAUCAGUGGCCUUUAUCCAGAAAAUCAUGGAGUAGUGCACAAUAGUUUUCGUGAUGAAUAUCUGAAUGAUACAUUUGAACUUGACAGUAUGUUUCAAAAUUUUGACUCUCGUUGGUUUGACAAUGGCCACGAAGUCAUUUAUUCUGCCAACAGUAAAGGAAAUGGGGUCAGAGAAACUGGUUCUGCUCUAUGGCCAGGUGGACUGACAACAAUUCAAGGAGUUCAACCAAGGACAAUAGGAAGAGCAUUUUCUGGAAAUAUAUCUCUGCCUUACAACACAAGAGUGGACUAUGUAAUAAAUUGGCUAACAGAUAAAGUUAGACCUAUCAAUCUUGGAUUGUUAUACUUUGACGAGCCAGAUGAGGCAGGACACAAAUUUGGACCAGAUAGUCCAGAAGUUGCACAAGCUAUUCAGAAGGUUGAUGCUGGCCUGGGUUAUCUAAGACAGCGACUGAAUGAGACCAAUUUAUUAGAUAAGGUGAACAUCAUCAUCACAUCAGACCAUGGAAUGAUAGCAGCUGACAAAGGAUUUGUGAACAUUGACAAAUGCAUUGACAGUCAGUGGUAUUCUUCAGUUGGAACAUGGAAUACAGUAUUCUUCAUAUACCCACAGAAAGGAUAUCAGGGAAAAGUCCUGGAUGGUCUUCAAAACUGUAAAAAUAUCUACACGUACUCAAAAGACAAUGAACAAUUAAAGAAAAUGCAUUUUCAAAAGAAUUCAAGGAUUGCACCCAUAGUGUUGGAAGCUAAAGCUGGUUACAUCAUAACAACAAACAGGACUCCUAGAGAUUUAGUUACUAAAGGGGCACAUGGUUAUGAUCCCGAAAAAGUCCAGGAGAUGCGUCCAUUUUUCCUUGCUUAUGGUCCAUCAUUCAAGUCCAAUUUUACACACACCCACCCUAUAAAUAUUGUUGAUAUUUAUCCCUUAAUGUGUGAAAUUUUGAGUGUAGAAGCAGCACCAAACAAUGGAACACUAAGUGAAGUCAAGGAACUUUUGAUAACACCACCAGCUGAAAAACUCUCCUUGAGCAACCUGAAGGAGAAGCUCUUUGAAACGACAGGGAUAACUUUUUUUGUGAUAAUUGUUCUGUCGUCCCUGGUUGGUGGGAUUUAUUGUAUUGGAGCUGUAAGACAGAGUAGAAUAACCGCCAGGAAACGCAGAAUCUUUGGAAGAGUAAGCUCCCCACUGCGGGCUUUCCCUGAUGCCCGAGCUCUCCUGCAAUCUGACGAUGACGAAGGCAGCGAUGAUUUAUAGAACAAUGAUUGCAAAUCACAGCUACCGGUAAAUCAAAUUGAUGAAACCUGGAUCAGUAUGAAGCUGAUUUUACAGUUAUUUGAAAUGAAUGUCUUUAAAAUGAAUAACAAUGAAAUAAAGAUGAUUUAAAUUAAAAUUUUCAGGGAAGCAUUGUCAUAAAUGAUCUAUUGCUCAGAAUGUAUUUCAAACAGACACAAAAAUAUUGGAUUGCAAACAUGUGCAGACAAACGUGCAGAAAUUUUAUGACAUUAAUUAUCAUGUUCAGACAAACAUAUGCAGAAAUUUUAUGGCAUUAAUUAUGAAAAUAUGUGUUACCCAAUAAUUAUGAAAAUAAGUCUUAAGGUUUUUGUUAUUUUAUUUUGUUAAAUAUCUAUACUGUGUACGAUUUUUAUUUAUAAUUCAGAGUGAUUGUUAACAUAUUUGUGUACCAAUGCAUUCUUUGGUGAUGUUUUAUGAUUCAUAAAUUAAGGGUUUGUAAUUAUUGGUCAGGAUCAGAAACACAUUGAUGUUGAAGAUUGAGCAUGUUAGUGGUAUGUUUUAUUUUGUUUUAAUUAAAACAGUGAAUAUGUAUAAAUAACUGCAUUUCUUAAAUCCAAGUGGUGACAAUUAGUUUUCAUUGGAUUGAUAUCUUCUGUAGAUGCAUUACAGUUUUAACUGAAAGGCUGAAAUGCUCAUACAUGUACCGGGUACAUGAUGUCAAGUAUAUGAUGUUAAAUCUCUAUUUGGUCAUCUUUGUCUGUAAAUCUGUCUUAUAUGAAGUGUUUGUAUAGUAGUCAUUAUGUUACAUAUCAAAUUAGUAUAGUUUAUGAAUUAUUGUAUGCCAUGAAUGUAUCAUUACGAAGAACUAUGUGCAUCCAUUUAUGUAUAAAUGUGUAAAUGGUUCAAUGAAAAAAUUAGAUGUCAUUUCUGAUAGAAGCAUAUAAGGUAUGAAAGACAAUCAGACUUUUAUGUGUCAAUACUACAGUUGGGGUCUGCCCAUUAUCCGGAAGAUUCAUCAUAUCUAAGGUCUAGUAGUUGGAAGGUUCAUUAGUCCGAAGGCUCACUAGUCCGAAGUUCAUUAGUACGAAACUAGAUGUAGAAAAUGUUGUGAAGAUUAAGAUAACUAAAAGGGUCAGGUUUGAUUAAUCAUUUUCACCUUAACAAGUUCUUGAAGGUUUAGAAAACAAAAUACUACGAAAAGAGACUACUAUAAUAUGAAUUGUUAUCUCUAUAUAGAUCUGUAAUGUAAUUUCUUGUCUUUACCUGUAUGUAUUAUAAUUUUUUUUCUUGUAUUCAGAUUUCUGCCUCCUUAAUUUGAUUUUUGUUGCUCAUGAACGUUAUUUCCAAAAUAGUAAUAGUAUGUUUUUGAACUACAGUUUUUUGAAUGAAAAUAACAACUAAAUUGCUUAUAAAAGCAUCUACUGUUUAAAAAUAGGAUUUAAAAAUUAUUUGACUUCCCCACCUCUCUCUCUCUCUCUCUCUCAACAGAAAAUUAGAAACUCUUCUACAUUUAUUUUAUGAACUAUUUGUAUGCACGUCAUUUUUAUUAUGAUAUAUAUGGUACAGAUGUGAUGGAAAUUUAAGUUGCAAUAAAAAUGUUUAAAAAUAAAAUCUUUCGGAAUUAGAACGAUAUUUUAUUGAGCAUAAUCUAUUUGUAAGCACAUCAAUUUUUUUUUAUGAUAGAUACAGAUGUGUUGAAAAGUUACAAUAAAAAUGUUUAAAAAUAACUUCUUUUUGGAUAAGUAGAGCAAUAUUUUGUAAUAUGACUAAUGAACCUUUGGACUACGGGACUGUGACCUUUAAGGUUUACAUAUUAUUAUAGCUUUUUUAACAAGAGCUUGGAUUUAAUUUGGGCAGUAAGUAACAAACUAAGUUUUGAUGAAGGUGGGGUUAACUCUUGGCUAACUAGUGUCCAGUCAUUGGCUUAUAGAUAUAAACUGAAUACACUGGAUUGCAAUAUGACACUUGUCCAGUGUCUAUAUUUUGGUUGAAACAGCAUCAAUUUUACACAUCAGAGCAGAUUUUGGCAAAAAAAAAUUCCGAUUUUGAUAAUCAAUGAAUAUUAAUGAGCUUUUCUUAGCGAAUUUAAGAACGGAGGUCAAUAUUUGACAGCUUUAUUAAUGUUUUGAUUUGCAAUUUAGUUAGUAACAUCCCAGAGAGAGAGAGAGAAAGAGAGAGAGAGAGAGAGAGAGAUUCGACAUUCCCUAACUUGUCUUAAUAAAUUGAUAUAUAAACAAUUUAUUAUAUGAUAAUUAUAUAAUGAUUUAUUACAUAUAUAUAUAUAUAUGUUUUAUUAUUAUAUGCAUUCUUGUUUAAUAUAUGAUUCAAGGUUCAUGUUCAUUACAUAAAUACAUUUCUGUUAUUUUCAAUGAAUUACUAUAAGGCAUUCCAAUAUAUUGCACCUGCAUAUAUAGAUAAUAUUAUAAUACAUUUUGUUUUCUACAAACUUUUGCUUAUCAGUAAAUCUGUUCUAUUCAUAUAUUAUAAUUUAUUAUGUUUAUUGUUUAAUUAUGCAUAAUAAAUAUCCCUAGUAAUAUAUUGUUCAUAUUGGUU